AUGGCUGCAAUGCUGAAGCUGCUGGAUGCACAGAUGAUCACUCGCCUAGUACAAAAUCCGGAGAAACUUGAUAUGAACGAGCUCCUGGAACUCUCACGGGGCUUUUUCUCUCUCCAAGCUGUGGUGGGUCUUGUGAAUUUCAUCUAUGGAGCAGUGCUCAGAUCAAUGGGCCUGUCUACCAUCGGCAAUCUCGUAAUCCCCCUCCUCGGGAUCUACAGUGCUCGAGAUGACAGCCCUGAAAACUAUAAAUCUCUCAGAGUCUGUGCGUUGUACUGGGUCUUGGGAGCAAUUUACUACUUCUUCGAAGCUUUUCUCGGUUUUAGCUUGCAGAGUGUUCUGCUUGGCGGACUCAAAGCAGUGAUCUAUGGAUUGCAGUGGCUGGUUCUUGCCCGGCUGUGGCGCUGGAUGCAAGUGCGCUAUGUGGGCACCGUGAAAUUCUACCUGAAUAUUGUGAUCAAAAAUAAACAGGAAGCUGUAGCCACAAAGUCCAUGGAGAGAAGUCGAAUAGCUGGAAAGCUGAUAGGAAAAAUUGCCAACCGCUUGGUCUCGGACGACAUGUUCUCGGAGAAGGUGGCGCAGACCUUGGAGCGAAGCAUUCCGCAGCGGCUUCAAACUGAAGGUGGGAUUACAGCCAGCGCUGCGACGCAAUUCCAUCGCGGAAACUUCAUCGUGGUACUGGUGUCCAUUGAGCAGAUCGACCUUAGAAAGAUGCUACAGUCCAAGCUGGAUGAGAAGCAGAUGAAACGAUUUGAUCAGGUGAUGUACUACCUGGAAUUUCUUCCAAGCUGGGUCAAAGCGGAUUUGCAAAAUAUCAUCUUGAUGCAGGUGGGCAAUGGCUUACUUGACAGGAUGCCAGACUCCAUGACGAAACAGCUCCGUGAGAUGGGCGGACUGGAAGUGGAGGUUGAGUCAAAACGACUCACAGAGGAAGCCGAGUUCUUUUUUGCAGUCAUGAAACAGAUGGACGAGUUUGCCGCAAAACCGAAGAAAGAGGCGUCUACCCCGUCUCUGCCAUCGUCUCCGUCCAAAGCCGCUUCACCGACACCAAGUUGA